CACUCACUCACUCACUCGCCCGCCCGGAGGUUGACUGGAGGAGCGGCCGAGCGCGCGCGUCAGUGUCGGUGUCUGUGAGGAAAAGUCGGUCAGGACAAGAUGUCUCUCUCCAGCAAACUGACCUUGGACAAGGUGGACGUGAAGGGCAAGAGGGUGGUGAUGAGGGUGGACUUCAAUGUGCCAAUGAAGAAUAAUCAGAUCACUAACAACCAAAGGAUCAAAGCUGCCAUUCCUAGUGUUAAGCACUGUUUGGACAAAGGAGCCAAGUCUGUGGUCCUCAUGAGCCACCUGGGCAGGCCUGAUGGUGUGCCCAUGCCUGACAAGUUCUCACUGGCACCAGUUGCAGAGGAGCUGAAGAAGCUUAUGGGAAGGGACAUUACCUUCCUGAAAGACUGUGUGGGCCCUGAGGUUGAGAAAGCUUGCGCUAACCCAGCUCCUGGAAGUGUGAUUCUCCUGGAAAAUCUCCGAUUCCAUGUGGAAGAAGAAGGGAAGGGAAAGGAUGCAUCUGGGAAUAAGACCAAAGCAGAACCUGGGAAGGUCGAUGCGUUCCGAGCUUCGCUGUCCAAGCUGGGCGACGUCUACAUCAACGAUGCUUUUGGAACAGCUCAUCGUGCCCACAGCUCCAUGGUUGGUGUGAACCUGCCAUUGAAGGCUGCUGGCUUCCUGAUGAAGAAGGAGCUUGAUUACUUUGCUAAAGCUCUGGAGAACCCUGUGAGGCCCUUCCUCGCCAUUCUGGGCGGGGCAAAAGUCCAGGACAAGAUUCAGCUGAUUAGUAACCUGCUGGACAAGGUGAACGAAAUGAUCAUCGGAGGAGGAAUGGCUUUCACAUUCCUGAAGGUCAUCAAUAAAAUGGAGAUCGGUGAUUCCCUCUUUGAUGAAGAAGGAUCCAAGAUUGUCAACGAGCUGAUGGCGAAAGCAAAGAAGAACGGGGUGACCAUCACACUCCCGGUCGAUUUUGUGACGGCUGACAAGUUUGAUGAAAAUGCCAAAGUUGGAGCAGCCACUCUAGCAACAGGAAUUCCCGCACACUCAAUGGGCUUGGACUGUGGUCCCGAGAGUAUUAAGAAGUUUGUGGAGGUUGUGGGCAGGGCCAAGCUGAUCGUGUGGAACGGGCCUGUGGGGGUGUUUGAAUGGGACAAGUUCUGCAAAGGCACCAAAGCCGUGAUGGACAAAGUCGUGGAAGUCAGCAAGGCGGGAACCAUCACUAUUAUCGGUGGGGGAGACACUGCCACGUGCUGUGCCAAGUGGGGGACGGAGGACAAGGUCAGCCACGUCAGCACCGGUGGUGGAGCCAGCCUGGAACUGCUGGAAGGUAAAGUUCUCCCUGGAGUCGAAGCUCUGAGCAAUGUCUAAGGCGAGAGAGGAGCACAGGUUGCGAAUUCCCCAGCACACGGCCCUCACAUUUCACUGUUGUGCAUUAGAACACUUUACUAUCACAAACAAAAGCUCCCGUCUCAGAACCCUGUGUAUAGAAGGAUAAAGAGUUUGGUGUUGUGUUGACUCUAGAAUUUAUAUAUAUUUGGGCCCCUGAAAUGAUUGUGCAUCUAUCAUGUACACGUCCUGUGCGGUCAGUUACCUGAUUCUCCAGCUUUACCCGUACCGUUGAGGCCGCUUUUCCAAAGACGUGGCGUGAUUUCCUGCACUGUAGUGCCAAGCUGUUCGCAACACAAGUUUACGGUUUCCAUUUUGUUUGGAGCUAAUACUGUAAUGGCCGCUGAAUAAAUAAAUAAUUGUGC